AUGGGGGGCUUGUUUCUGUUCAGGAUGACCGUGGUCUUAUGCUCUGCCACCCUCAGUGUCUCUGCUUGGUCAGUGAACAAUUUCCUGCUAACAGGUCCCAAGGCCUAUCUGACCUACACAACCAGCGUGGCCCUGGGUGCCCAGAAUGGCAUUGAGGAGUGCAAGUUCCAGUUUGCUUGGGAACGUUGGAACUGUCCGGAGACAGCACUGCAGCUCUCGACACACAGACUGAGGAGUGCCACCAGGGAGACGUCCUUUCUUCAUGCUAUCAGUUCUGCCGGAGUUAUGUACACCAUCACCAAGAACUGUAGUCUGGGCGACUUCGACAGCUGUGGCUGUGAUGAGUCAAAAAAAGGCAAGACAGGGGGCCAUGGCUGGAUCUGGGGAGGCUGCAGCGACAACGUGGAAUUUGGGGAGAGGAUCUCCAAGCUGUUUGUGGACAGCCUGGAAAAGGGGAGGGAUGCCCGCGCCCUAAUGAACCUUCACAACAACAGGGCAGGCCGGCUGGCAGUGAGAGCCACCAUGCAAAAGACUUGCAAGUGCCACGGCAUCUCUGGGAGCUGCAGUGUCCAGACAUGCUGGCUCCAGCUGGCUGACUUCCGGGAGAUGGGAGACUAUCUAAAGACCAAGUACGACCAUGCACUGAAAAUUGAGAUAGACAAGCAAUGGCUAAAGGCUGGUAACAGCGCUGAGGGCCACUGGGCACCCACUGAGACCUUCCUUCCAAGUGCGGAAGCCGAACUGGUCUUUUUAGAGGACUCCCCAGAUUACUGCACGCGCAAUUCCAGCUUGGGUAUUCUUGGCACAGAGGGCCGCGAGUGUCAGCAGAGCAGCCACCAGGUCUCCCAGCGUGGACGGGGCAGCUGUGGGCGCCUAUGCACUGAGUGUGGCCUAAAGGUGGAAGAGAGGAGGGCAGAGGCCAUCAGCAGCUGUAACUGCAAAUUCCAGUGGUGCUGCACAGUCAAGUGUGAGCAAUGUCGGCAUGUGGUGAACAGAUACUCCUGCACUCGCCCACGCAGGGGUUGA